AUGAAUCCUUAUAGCAAUUUCGACCAUCGUCCUCUAUGUGCUGAUCACAAGGAAAUCAAUCUACCUUCUGAGACACUUAGUGCCGUCGACCACACCACUAUUGCCCCAUCGACUGGUCCAACACGGACACAGAAAACAUCGAACAGAGCUUCGCCAUACAGCAGCCCUUCCCCAGAUCCUCAGCUACAGCAGCAUCGUUCGCCUUUAUCCCCUUCAGUAUCCAUCGAGUCUUUGUCCAGCGAGCUUGAAUAUGAAUCUGACCGAGAGCGACUUGCACACUUGCAACGUGCUCGACAAGGAUCAUACGUAUACGGCAACAAUCAUCACACUCCGCACAGUCCUAAACAUUCUUCCGAUUCCUCUACAUCUGCCACCAAUUCACUUGCCUCUCAUUCACCUGCCUCUGUCUCAAUGGCGGAUGAUUUAGCACAGGCGAUUGAUAGAAGCUCUAAAACUGUUUCCGCGGUACCUGCGAAGAGGCGUGGUCCGCCUGCACUUGUUUUCGAGAACGAUUCUGAUGACGACUUCUUGAUACCGAAACCUCCUGGUGAGGUUGGAAGGCCGAAUCGUGGUGGUUAUUCACUUUUUGAUGUUUUGUCAUGGCCAAGAAAAAAAUAUGACCAAGUUAAAAAAUAUAUCAACAAACUUGUUGAUGAUCAUCUAGAUUGUGAGGUUCCUAUGAGUGAACAAACGGCAGCAAAGGUGAAAAAGGUUCGAGAGCUGGCUGUCGAAAAGUACCCCUUUUUGAAAGAAUACAGCGGGCUUUGGGCUGUCGACGACUUCAUUCGCAACCAUUUAAAAUACCAGAAAUCCGUGCUUAGGAAGGAGAAGCUGGAGAAAAUUGCAGCAGAGGCCAGCCGCGCGGCUGAGAAGCGAGUAGAGCGUAGUCAUACUAGAUCAACCUAA